AUGGUCUGGGAGCUCAGCAAAAUUUACACUCAGGAAAGAUCUACUGAAGAUAUUUAUCUCUCUCCUCCGUAUAUUACCAGAGUUUGGCAUGCUCCUUCUGUAGCUAUCCAUGUGAAAGAGACAUUGAUAGUGAGAGAGGAUUUGGUUGAUUGGUCUAUUUAUACAGCUGUGGACGAGGCUGAAAAAGCAUUGACUCACUAUAAUUCUCUUAGCGCCACAUUGACUCAGCAACCAAUAUGGGCCGUUGCAGAAAAUUAUCGCUUUGAACCUGCCUUCAUUGAGGGCAAGAAGUUAAUUUCUGAAAUUGGAGAAAUGAUGAAUAUCCAAAUAAUUGUUGAAGGAGCAAUGAACAGCUCAAAUCCCUACUUUGCUAGCUCCUGGAGACGCCAGUUUGUUGGUGGUUUCAUUCUAGACAUGGGUGUACAUUUUGUAGCUGGACUUAGGAUGCUUGUUGGAUGUGAGAUUACAUCAUUGUCAUCCAUGAAUUCUCAUGUGGAUAAGACUUUGCCUCCUCCGGAUAACAUCUCGUCAAUGUUUCAACUGGAGAAUGGGUGUUCCGGAGUUUUUGUGAUGGUGGUAUCUUCGAAGUCACCAAAGGUAAUCUGGCGAGUUGUGGGUUUAAACGGAGUGCUGCAAGUUGACCGUGGUAACAAGGAUGGAAAGCAUGGCUACUCGGUUUCCCUACAUAUGGCUGAUGGUCAAAGCAAGAGCUUCUUUUAUCCGUUUAGCGGGGUCACUGAUGAACUGAAAACAUUUCUAUCAGAUGUAUCAACGGCCAACCUGAAGAAGGACCAUAGCUCCCACAUCGAUCCUCGUCUCUCAUUUGCUGAAGGUGCUCGUGAUGUUGCUGUUUUGGACGCGAUGCUCGAAUCAGGAAAGAGACAAGGAGCUCUGGUUCAAGUAAAAAAGUUCUAAUUUUACGCAGGCCUUACGCUCCUUAAAUAUGUCAUGCACAUGAUUCUUGAUCUUCGUACCAUGAAGUGAAUACGCUACUGGAAAAAACCGAUUGAUUAUCCGAGGCUACAUAACGAAAAGAAGAAGAAGGAUCGAUCGAAGAUCACUGUCUCUCUUCUGUGAGCUACAUCUUGGUUUCAUCAUCUUGUUAUCUAUAAACUCGACUAGUAGUUUACCGGAUAAAUUGAUUUGUCGGGCGUUCCUGGCCCACCUAGCGAAACAUGUGGUUUCGUGGUUAUGACCAGCUAAGGCUAAAGUUCCAUUAAAGGGAGUUUUGAUUCCUUGGUUAGAGCCAUUGUACUCUUUUUGACCUUAUUUUAACAUCUUUGGUAGUUGAAUGAUCAGUAAUAUCAUUUAAACCCUCAA